UCUAGACACAGUCUGUCAGCUCGCAGUGACGUAGCGGGCACGGCUCAGACCAGCACUCAACGUAAACUGGGUUAACGGUCUUCCUGUCCUUCCUACUGAAAACACGGGAGCACAGCACGAGGGCUUAACCAUAUCUUUAGUGACAGUCUAUCGCUGGUAAACAUAUUCGUGACGAGACAUCUUGGAAGUAAAACAGGAGAGGGAGGUGGCUGCUUGGUUGUCACAAGAGAAAAUCAUUCCACAAGACAUAUUAACUGUCAUCUGUAAGGAGGACAAACGGCUCAACUGCCCGGAUCGUAACACUUGAAAGAGUGGUGUUCUAAAGAGUGACGGGAGGCGAUAUGGUGAACUAUUAUAGUGUGCUGGGAGUGUCCAGGAAUGCCUCGCAGGAUGACAUCAAGAAGGCGUACAGGAAAUUGGCCCUGAAAUGGCAUCCGGAUAAAAAUCCAGACAACAAGGAAGAGGCAGAGAGAAAAUUCAAAGAACUUGCUGAGGCCUAUGAAGUCCUGUCUGACAAAAGCAGACGAGAUGCAUAUGACAGAUAUGGAAAUGACAAUGUGCGACACUCAGGUUCUACCACUACAGACUACUCAGACCUCCCAGAAUUCACCUUCACAUUUCGCAACCCGGAUGAGGUGUUCAGAGAGUUUUUUGGUGGACAGGAUCCUUUUGCUAGCUUUUUUGAUGACUUUGCAUCGUUUGGAGUCCCACAUUCUCGCCUUGGCCCCAGUCGAUUUUUCUCUUUUCCCUCAUCUGGAGUUGAAUUUAGCUCCUUUUCCUCCUCUUUUGGUGGUGUUGGUGGGAUGGAGAGCAUGGGAGGAUCUAACUUCAGAUCGGUUUCUACCUCCACUCGCAUUGUAAAUGGAAAAAGCACCACCACCAAGAAGAUAAAGGAAAAUGGGACGGAGAGGAUAGAGAUUGAAGAGGAUGGGGUAUUAAAGAGAGUUCUUAUCAAUGGUGUAGAAGAUGAAAUGGCUCUCGCAGUGGAGCUCAGCAGAAGAGAAGGAGAGAAGUCCUCCAUCAUGAGCGGAUCAGCCCGCCACUACGACUGCUCUGCGACUCCACAUCGCUCAUUUAGUGCAGCUCCCAGCUACAACCAUGUGGCUACAGGGGACAGUGAAGAUGAAGAAGAAGAUGAUGAAGAUCUUCAGAUGGCUUUGGCAUGCAGCCUGUCAGAAAUGGAGGCCCAGCAGAAAGCCAAUUCUACCAACUUCAUAUCAGGUGCUGGGGGUAGGGGAAGAACCAAAUGUGGUAAAAUUGGGGGCUGCAUGGGAAAAGGGCUUGUAAAUAGACAAAAAGUUAAUGUGUCCAGUGGUUACAAAGUAGCAGCAGGAGAGCAAGAUGACGGAGGUCACUUUAAAUCUGACACAAGAUCUGGAAAUAUUAUUGAAAAGAAGCAAAAAGGAACCACAGAGCCAGCCACAGCUGCUGUUUCUGCACUUCCGAGUGAAGAAAAGGUCAAACCUGCAGCAAAAACAUCUGAUGGCUGUGUGAAAAAGAAAGUAUGUAGGUGUGUUAUGUGCUAGUGUGGUUUAAAUGCAUAUUUGGGAAGGCUUCCCGUGCUUUUACUUACCAUGGUGUCAGCUUGCCACACUACAUUGUGAGUGCAAAAAUCCUUCUUCGAGGCUAAAGAUUUUGAUGUCAAAAAUAGCAGUUGAAAGAAACAAACUUUAAAGACUUGGAGGUGUUUGUUUUCAGCGUGUAAUCUUGACUUCUGCACAUGAGGUCAAGUGAACCUCAAAAUUAAACUUGUUUUGAUCUGUAGCUGCAAAGGACAUCAAGUAAUUGUUUCUGAAUGACUAUGCAUGUGCCAGUUUUAAUAUUUCCACAGACGGGAAAGGGAAUGUCUGAGUAGGAUGAGAACUGACUGGUGGAAUGGGUAGGAAGUCAGAUGAGAAACACUUUGAAUUUUGUAUUCUUAAAAGAAAUUGUUAGAAAUUGGGGAUACUGUGUUUUUGGAUUUGAGCUACAAGAAAUUUGGUUUCAGUGAGAAGGUUUGAACUGGGAUUGUUCUUUAACAAGUUGGUGCUAAGGAAUUAGAUGAAAAAUAUUAGGUUCUUUUUAAGGAACAUGCAAAAGCCUUAUAACAAUGAAAUGUGUAAGACUGACUAUCUUUCUGUUUGUCUGAGUGUGUGGGUUAAUUGCAAUUUUGCCACAGAAUGUUCUCAUUCAGACUCUAUGGCAAAGACUGAGUAAUAGAAAUGUGCCAAACCAAUGUCAGUCUGAAACAACAAACUGAAAUCAAAAAGCAUAACACAGGACGUUCUGUGGCAGUUUUUGUCUGUUUGAUUAAAUAAGCCUUCUGUAAUUUA